AUGCGGCUACCGCCGGAGCUGUGGACCCCCGCGGAGAAGGGCACCUUCGCGCUGCUGAGGGGGCUGUCGCCGCGCCGUUGCUGGGUCACCGGCGGCUGGGUGCGCGACGCGCUGCUGGAGCACGGCGGCGUGAGCCCGCGGGCGGCUGGGGAGUGGCGGCGGCUGCGGCGCCUGGCGGGCCACCCGCGGGGCGACGUGGACGUGCUCGUGGACGGCCGGAGCGCGCAGGAGCUCCACGCCGCCUGCCUCCGCAGCGAGCCCCUGCGGGCGGUGCUCCACGGCCCGCCGCUGCUGGUGCCGCCGCGGGGCGCGCGCGCGGUGGCGACGCUGAAGCUGCGGCUGCCCGGGCACAGCCUGGACGUCACGAGCCUCCGCGACAGCCCGCACAGCUGGGCACUCCCGCCGCUGCGUCGGAUGCCGAUGUGUUGCAGCUCGACGCAGCCCACCGGGACACCACGUUCAACGCGUGCUAUUACGAUUUGA